ACCAAAUGCCUUGGUCAGUCAGAAGUGGAUAGCUGUGGAGGACUUGUACGUGACAGCCACGCUGAAGUCAUUGCUAGGAGAGCUUUUCUCCAUUAUAUGUGGAAUCAAGUAGACUACUGUUACAAGGGAUUGGAUUCCAUUCUGAAGAUGGAGGAAAGUGGUACUUGUAGUCUGAAGCCAAACGUGAGCUUUCAUCUCUUUACAUCUGAAAUGCCAUGUGGAGAUGCAUCCAUAACAGUUGAUACAACUUCAACAAGUUCUGAGCCAGUGAAGAAGAGAUUUAAAUUAGAUACCAAUACUGGAAUUCAUCAAUUGGAAUCUGCUGGUGUUCCAGUGACACGUGGCACAGGUGCCAAAUGCACCAUCACAAGAGAAUUGGGUUUACCAGGAAAUAAAAAUGAAUUUAGAGUUGAGACUGGGUUGGUUCGAGUGAAACCGGGUCGGGGGAACCCAACGAUGUCCCUUUCUUGUAGUGACAAGCUGGCCAAGUGGACUAUUGUUGGAAUCACCGGUUCACUUCUCUCCAACUUCCUGCAGUCUUCUAUAUUCCUGAGUUCUAUUACAGUGCCCAAGAAUUUAUUCAAUCAGGAAUCUAUGCAUCGAGCUCUUGUGGGAAGAUUUGAGAAUGAACCCCUUUACAAGGAAAUGAAAGUUGGAAGAAUAGACUUCUUCACGUGUAGUGCUUGUGUACCUUUUCUAAAAAGAGAAUCCAGUAAAGCUUGUGUACCUGCACCAGGAAGUAUUGCUUGGAAUCCUUCUGGUCUUCAUGAAGUUGUUGUAUGUGGCUACAAGCUUGGAACAAUCAAGAGACAUAUGGGGAAGCCUCCCAGCUUUGUGCCACUUUGCACAAGGAACCUCUUCCUUCAUCAGUUCCUUGGUAUUGUGCAGCUUCAUCAGAAGAAUAUUCCAGAACAUGUCAGGAAAUUAAAUCCAAAACUCCUUCAUUAUGAAGAUGCCAAGACCCUGAAUGAGCAUUACUCUGCACUUUGGAAGCGUGUAAAGGAGGAACUGUUUAUGAAGAUGGUUCGGAAGAAACUAGACAACCGCAUCAGGGUCUCAAUUGAAAAUGGGGCCCAAUCUGGUCACAGGACCAUGUUUGUUAUUAUUGGAGACAAGGGAAAAGAUCAAGUUGUGAUCCUGCAUCACAUGUUGUCAAAAGCACAGGUAAAAGCAAGACCAUCUGUUCUUUGGUGUUACAAGAAGGAACUGGGUUUCAGCACCAACCGGAAGAAACGCAUGAGACUACUGCAAAAGAAAAUGAAAGCAGGGAAGAGCAAUGUGAAUGAGGAUGAUCCAUUUGAGCUAUUUGUUUGUUCCACGGACAUUCGAUACUGUUACUACAGGGAGACUCACAAGAUUCUUGGGAAUACCUUUGGCAUGUGUGUACUUCAGGAUUUUGAAGCUCUUACCCCCAAUCUGCUUGCCCGAACAAUUGAGACAGUUGAGGGAGGAGGAAUCGUGGCCCUACUCCUGAGGUCUGUCAGUUCUCUUAAGCAAUUCUACACAAUGGCUAUGGAUGUCCAUGCUCGAUAUCGAACUGAAGUCCAUCAGGAUGUCGUUGCUCGAUUUAAUGAAAGGUUCAUUCUUUCACUGGCCACAUGUAAGAACUGCAUUGUUGUUGACGAUGAGUUAAAUGUGUUGCCACUGUCUUCUCACAUUGUCAACCUGGAGUCCAUCACACCCAAGCCAAAAGAAGAAUCUUUGACCGAGUCCCAGCGAGAACUGGCUGGACUCAAGCAGAGCCUCCAAGAUACCCAGCCUAUAGGUGUUCUUGCCAAUAUCUGCAAAACCUCAGAUCAAGCAAAAGCACUGUUAAAGUUUAUAGAUGUCAUAUCAGAAAAGACAUUGCGGUCAACCGUAUCAUUGACGGCUGCCCGUGGAAGAGGAAAGUCAGCAGCUCUUGGACUUGCAAUUGCAGGUGCUAUAGCCUUUGGCUACUCAAAUAUCUUUGUUACAAGCCCCAGUCCAGAAAAUUUGAAAACUCUGUUCCAAUUCGUCCUCAAAGGAUUUGAUGCCUUAGACUAUCAGGAGCACAUGGAGUAUGAGCUGGUGCAGUCUACUAACCCUGAGUUCAACCGGGCUGUCAUUCGCAUCAACAUCUUUCGUGAACACCGCCAAACCAUUCAGUACAUUCAUCCAACGGAUGGGGAGAAACUGGGCCAAGCAGAACUCGUGGUAAUUGAUGAGGCAGCUGCCAUUCCCCUGCCUCUAGUGAAGGGCCUUCUGGGUCCAUACCUUGUCUUCCUUGCAUCCACUAUCAAUGGGUAUGAGGGAACAGGACGAUCCUUAUCUCUCAAAUUGAUUCAGCAACUGCGAACACAAUCUACAGCUGCAGAUGUUGGCAUGGGUCUGAGUGCACGGACCCUGCAUGAGGUCACAUUGGUUGAAUCAAUUCGAUACAGCCCUGGAGAUGAAGUUGAACACUGGUUGAAUACAUUAUUAUGCCUGGAUGCCACUGUAGCUCCCCCUAUCAGCUCUGGCUGCCCCCUUCCACAAGACUGCGAGCUCUAUUACAUCAAUCGAGAUACCCUGUUCUCAUUUCACAAAGUUUCUGAAGCCUUCCUCCAGAGGCUGAUGGCAUUAUAUGUUGCAUCUCAUUAUAAGAACACACCAAACGACCUGCAGAUGAUGUCUGAUGCUCCAGCACAUCACCUCUUCUGCCUCCUCCCUCCUGUUGAUCCAACACGGCACAUGCUUCCUGAAGUCCUUUGUGUCAUCCAGGUGUGUUUGGAAGGGGAGCUUUCAUCAUCUUCAGUGCAUGGUGGGCUGUCACAGGGGAUGAGGGCAUCAGGUGAUCUCAUUCCAUGGACUGUAGCUCAGCAGUUUCAGGACAAUGAAUUCCCCACACUUGCAGGUGCUCGAAUCGUUCGCAUUGCAACUCACCCUGACUAUCAAGCGAUGGGCUAUGGAACCAGGGCAUUGGAACUCCUUACCAAAUACUAUGAGGGUUUGAUCCCCAGCCUGAAUGAAAAUCAGGAGGAAAAUAAAGCCAAGAGACCGAAGAAGAACCUGCCCCCAUUACUUCUGAAAUUGAGUGAAAGACCUCCUGAGCGGCUCGAUUACCUUGGAGUCUCCUAUGGACUCACAUCUCAGCUCAUCAAGUUCUGGAAACGUUCCCAAUAUGUUCCUGUCUAUCUCCGGCAGACAGCAAAUGAGCUAACUGGAGAGCACUCAUGCAUAAUGUUGAAGGCCUUGGGUGGUGAGGAAUCCUCACAUUGUCCCUGGUUGACAGCCUUCUACCAUGAUUUCCAGAGAAGAAUCAUCUCCCUCCUCUCUUUCUCCUUCCGAGACUUUCACCCAAAGCUUGGUCUUGCUCUCCUAACAAACCCUUCUGUUCCAAAUCAAGUUUCCUGUGAGUAUACUGGCAAAUUGCUUUAUAUAGGG